UGGGAAAGACAUUCAUACACAUUUCGUUCGUCGUCACAACGAAUAAAUAAAUAAAUUAAACUUUAAGGUAUUAUACUAAAUAAAAAUAAAUAGUAUGGAAGAACUACUGGAAAGAGUGGCUUCUUUGGAAGUGAUGGUGUCGCAGUUGGUAAAAUGGACAAAUUUUGAAGUACCUGGUAAGCUCUCUAGCCCUCAGAAUGACAUUAGAGUCACGGAUAAUUCUACCAGGUUAUCAUCUCCUCAUCCGCACCGGGAUUAUUCUGCUGAUUAUGUCGAUAUCGAGCAAGAGAUUAAAGUCGAAUUUCAAAAUGAUGACAUGCUUCCUGCCAAUUUUUCAUAUUGCGACGAGGAAGAAGUGGAGGAGGGUGAAGUUCGAGGGCUCCUUAUUCAUCCGACUGACGACCCCUUAGGUGAUAUUAUUAUUCCAGACCCAAAUUAUUCAUCGCCACGACGAGAAGACAAUUACCACCCACAGGUGUUCAUUGGAGGUCCCCCACAAAGUCAAGGACCAAAUGCAAACCCGCAGAAGUCUCUGGACGUGGGAGUAACGAAGCUGGAAAUUAAUUCAACCGCGGAGACAAAAGUUGGUCCCGGGUCGAAAAACGGGAGAGGCAAAUACCCAAUUAACGGAUCAGGAUCUCGAUAUCGUUGUCCCAUGUGCGGUAGAAAGUUCGCACGGAAUAGCGUCGUGAUUAGACACGUCAUCAAUGUCCACAGGUUGAGAGUGUUCCCGUGUCGUUUGUGCCCCAGAAAAUUUUCGGAGAAAGUGCAACUCGACGCCCACGUGAGAUCAUCCCACGUGACACCCCCAGUGAUAGCCCAGUCGGGUAUGUAUAAAUGCUCGAUUUGUGGGCGAGAAUUUGGAAGAAGGUUUUGUUUAAAGCGUCACCAGACGGUACACGAAAAGGUGGGGCGAAUGCUAAUUUAAUUGCAAGAAGAUGAUACAUUUUUGGAAAUAAUUCAAUGCAGAGGGAGAUUAAGUAUUUAUCAAAUUAUUUUUGCACAGAAAACAGACUUGCAUAUUAUUUGAAAUGUGUAAAAGUUGGGUGUAUUUAAGCAAUUACAUAUUUUAUAAACCUGAUGUUAUCUGUAACGUAAUUUGUUUUGGCAGGAUUUAGAUGGUAAUUUUUUAAUAGGAUUUGUGUGAUGAAUCUUCCAGUGUCAUAUAAGAGUACUGUCAUAUUAAUGAUUUAUAGUAUUUAUUUGAUAAUGGGUGUGUUUUAUUUGCCAUGGAAUGAAUGAUUUUUGGAUGGAAUGGAACGAGAAUGGAAUGGAAUGAGAAUGGAAUGAUUUUACUCGCAAAUAAAACGGAUUUUUGGAAUGGUGUGAAAAGUUGCGAUGAUAAAACAACUUGCGUUUUAUUUGACGCAUUUUACAAACUAAUUUGGUUAAAUUAAAUUUGUGCGUUUCGUAGUAGUUAACUACAAUUUUUUGCAAAAAAUAGUUAUAGUUAAGAUUUAACUACUUUUUUAAAGUAGUUGGAAAAUGUAGUUAAACGACUUUCUCCUAUGGUAUAGUUGACCAACUACAUUUUAACUACUUUACAACUACUUUUUAACUACAUCUAAUCUAAUCUCAAAUAUCUUUUUAAUGAAAAAUUGGGGUUUUCAAAUCUUCUUAAAUUCAUGGUGUUCUAGUUGAAGCAAACUGCCUUAAUUAUUCUCAGAAAGUGAUAAAAUGCAAGAUCAAAUUCAGCAAAAAUCUCAACUGCCUGAAUGUAAUGUUUUUAGGGGAAUUACAAUGAAUCUGUUGUGAAUAAUUUUCUUAUUUCAAUGAUUUUAACAAGAGGUUAAGUAAAGUAGGUAAAAGUUUUUCUUUCAUUCAACUACACCGUAAAAGGUAGUUAAAUGAACCUAAUUAAAAAGUAGCUGAAAGUAGUUGAAAAGUAGUUAGUACUACUAACUACUUUUCUAAAAUCUAACUACUAAGUUAGUAGUUAAAUUUUUUGAUUUACAAACCAUUUAAAAUUGCUCCUAGGAUCUUUACGCUAGAUUAUGCAAAGAAAUCGACAUUGAAACAAAAGAUGAUUAUCUUGAGUUGUUCGGGAGGGGGAGACUUGUAUUUUAUUCCAAGUAUACUCGAUUAAGUAAUUGAUCACAACAAUUGAGUAUUCAAUUACUGCUUGGGCAAGUAAUUAAAUACUUCAAAUUUUAAAUACUCUCGAGUUCUUCGAAUACUUAAAUACCUUGAAAAAUUCCUGAGUAAUUGAAAUCAAUUACUAAUUACUUCGAUGUCAGUAAUUAAGGGAGUAAUUAAGUACAACAGUCCUGCAAGAUGUGCUUCAUUGUUAAGUUAUCAACAUAUCGGGCUGAAUUUGCUACAUAUUUUAAAUAUGUAAAAUUUUUAAUCAAGUUUGUAGAUGCGCCCAAAAUCUUUAGAAAAAUAAAUAGAAAAUCUUACAGUGGUAACUCCCAUCUCAGCAUUUUUGGAACGUAAAUUUUAAAAUAAAAUUUGAUAGAAUUUCUUAACAGAAUUUCAAUUAGCUUUGAUUUUUUGAAUUACCUAGUGGACUUAUGCUAACUGUAAGUAGCUCUUAACGGCAAAACCACUGGAGAUAAUCAAGAUCUGAUAAGCGCAUUGGAUUCCCAGUGCGAUUUUACGUAAAUACCACAUGUUCAUUUUUAAUUACUUGCAAAGCAUAUCAGCAGGGAAAAACUUGAAAGGACACGGCCGGCGAUAAUUUUUGACAAAAAAAUGCGAAGAAAAACAGUGAAUUUGAAAAGUGUGAUAGGAAUCGAACGCUCACUUUAAUUUAGUCUAACGCACUAUAAAAACGUUCAUGGGGACAGUAUAUACUAAAAACAGUCGAAGAACGAUUUUUUAAAAACCUCCAAGGACCACACCCAUCGUGAAGGCGCUGAAGGCUAUAAUCCGAAAAAAUUCUCGAAAUUCCAACGGAAAAUAGCCUUACAGCUGACAUUGUAGAUGCACAUUAUCCAACGAGUGCUCAAACUGAACCUUAGACUUCAGGCUUUGAAACGUAGCACUUACCGCAUGCUGAUUAUCCCUGAAAAGAAAACAGGGUUAAAGAAAUGCAGAGCUCUCUUUAAGCGGUACGCUAAAAAAAUAGUACAGAAAAUUCUCGUUCCAGAUGAACAGAUUUUCAGUGUGAAGGAUUUUUGAAACAAACAAAAUGACUUCGUCCACGCAAAAUAGGUCAAAUAUAUCCCUGAAUAUAGAGAAAAGUUCAAACGUUCCCAUUAUCCAUGUUUUGUCAUGAUUUUUGCAGAUGAGAUCUGAUUAGGUGUAAUUUCUCCUCAUUUUGUCGAAACGGGGGGGAACGUGAAAGAAAAAAAAUCUUUGAAAUACGUUUUUGAGUCCGGGGUACAUCCCGUAAAUGAGAUCCAAGCCAAUGCAGUCGACUGGACCUCGCUACAGGACUCAGUACCAGUGAAUAUAGCAAAAAAUGAGCAAAGGGUGGCUAAAAAAACAAAUUCCGAACAUUAUCUCCGCUUGGGAAUUGUCAUGCGCCUUGUUGGAUUUGAAUCUCUGGACUGUGAAAAACGGUCAAAAUUAGGGACAAAGAUGUGUUCUAAGCCUCACAGAAGUCUGAAAGCUUUAAAAAAUUCUUUGACCACGAAAUGGAGCAAUUUGUCCACAGAUUCCGAGCGUGCUGCAAUCUAGGGCUGUAGACCGCGUCUUCAGCUCUGCAUUAAUGUUGAGGGAGGAAAUUUCGAAAACCAAAAAUUGUUUUCUACUUAAAAAUUAACUGGCUUUCCAUUAAAAUUUACUAGAAAUCUGUAACACAAAAACUGCUGAAGCUACAGCGCUUCAUUUCACUUACAGUUACUGAGGGCCACCCUGUAAUUGGAAAACAUUAAUUUUUAAAUUAAAAUAAAGUUAAUUUAUUUUAAUUGCAUAAAGAAAUUGACGAAAAGCCGAAAAACUGCUAUAAAAACCGUAUCAUUCCAUGUUCACUCCAGCUCGCGAGUUGGAAGGAAAACAAGUUCAUUCCGAAUGAACAUCGGUGAAAAUCAUUCCAAAUCCUGAUUUUUUCCAUGACAAAUAAAACGCAAAAAUUUUCAUUCCAUUCCAAAAUCAGGAUUGGAAUGAUGAAAACGAUGCAAAUAAAACACAUCCAAUGUUUAUUUAAAAAUCUGAUAUAAAAUAAAUAUAUUCAUUUUGUGUGUAUGUACAUUUCAUCCUUAAACACCUUGAGUUUUUCUACCAGAGUUGAAACUUGAAAUUAAAAAGAGACGCUGGAACAUUCGACAGCUUUCUUAAUAGUUAUGUAUGCAGCAUAAAUGUUUCGAACUUUUUUGGCUAGACUGUCAGAAAAGUUGGCUAAUAAAUAUUAUAAUAUUUAUUAAUCGAUCGCAGUCAAGAUCAACUUUGUACAUAAAAAUGUGGUGUGUGUACUUAAGUUAUCGGCCGCGCAAGGGUGGGGUCACAUGGACAAUGUCCCCACGGUGUUUUAAUGGUCCCCAUCGUCUCCCCAUAUUGUAUCAACCCCACCCUCCCCUAUACUACAAUGUUCAAAAGAUAUGUAUGAUAAAGAUGUUUUACUAAAUCUUUAACCGUUAGUACCAUCUUUACAGAUUUGUACACAUUACGAAUUCGGUAGUAACUAUUACGAAAUUAUUACAAGGUACAUAUGUAUCGUUGAUUAAAUUAUUUCGCAUCCCUACCCAUGUAUAAAUCAACCAGAGAGUAUUAAAAGGAUAUUAAAGACCACUGUUUUUAUCUA